GAGAAAGAGAGAGGAGAAAAGAGAGCACAAAUAUCAAAUAUUGAAAUGAAUUGCAACAAAAAGGUUGGUCCAGAAGAAUUUUUCCUUUUUCCUUUUCUCUUUUUUCUUUUUUAUGUUCAAGAAAGACGUACUUUUUUCUUUGCGAUCCUUUCCCAACGCACGCAUUUUUGCUCUUCUUCUUACCCUUACGCCCUUACCCCCUCCUUCUUUCUCUCUCGGAAUCCCAACUACAAGCGAAAACUCAACAAACCCUUCUCUAAUUUCACCUUAUCUUUCUUCUUCAUUCAUCUCAUUCCCUUCAAGCCACGAACAACAACCCCAUUUUCCCUUCUUUUGGAUCUUCUCUCCUGAUAAUUUACAAUGAUGGCUGCUGGUUAUUGAAAUCAUCCACGUGAAGCAUUCGCUUAUGUUACGGCUAAAGACAGAAAGUUUUGUUCCAAUGUGAGGUAUUGUCUGUUCUAAUUAAGGGAGAAAUGUGGGUGCAAGGAGAGUUUAGUUCAGAUUCAAUGCAAAUGUAUUCUGAUUCAUUUAAAGAAGCACUGAAGCAAACCAUGCUGAGCCAGGAGGUUAUGUUUAGGAAGCAGGUUCAUCAAUUACAUCAAUUGUACAGUGUACAAAGGAUAUUAAUGCAGAAUUUUGGCUUCAAGGAGCUUGAUCGAUGCCGUUUUAAGAAAGCAGGGAUAAUACCAACAUUCAUGCCAUAUGCAUCUCCCACAAGAUAUGAUCCAUUCAUGAAAGAAACCGUAGUUUCCUCAAUUUGCAUGCGUGAAAAGCACCCAGCUAAAAACCACAAGCUUCGGCAUGGUCCACUCGAUUUACAGCUUCCUCCAGAUCAGUACGUUAGCCUCAUUGACUUGGAGGAGUUAGAUCUUUCCCUUGAUCUCAAAAUUGGGAAUCCAAAAAAGGAGAAUGACAAGGAAAUACUUUCGUACAAGAAGUCUCGUCGUAUGCUCUCUGAAGAAGUUAUUGAUUUGGAAGAUUCAGUUGAUGGGGAUGCAGAAAAUGUAUAUUCUUUGGAUCUAAAUGUUCCAACAAUUCAACCCGUAGGUAAGGAAUUUGAAACCAGCCUUAAUCAUAUCUCAAGUGACAAUCUCCGUAUGAAGAAUGAGCAGUUGAGACCCCGUGAAGCAAGAUAUCUUGACCUUAAUGAAGCUCAGAGCGAUGAUAUGAUUACAACUCACUAUUCAACCUCAAGUUCGUCACCCGGCAUCAAGGAAGCAGAUAUCAAGGGACAACAAGCCAAUUGCUCCUCACGAAUUUGGGUCAGAGAUAAGAAUAACUACUGUUCUGCUGAAUCUUCCACACUUGAACAAGAUGCAAAUCUAGAUGUGACGGAUUGUGGAAGUGGAAAUGAAAGAAAUGAAACUCACUCAACAGAGUCCAAAAUUAAGGAAACAAGUACAGGUGAAAUGAAUAACUGUCAAUGUGAUGAGGCUCCAAUGGAGUCAUCAGUAACCUUUUCUAAAGAAAGUAAAAAAUUGGAGGCAGUAAUUGAGCCUCCUGCUGACGUCCAUGCAAGGCUUCAAAAGAGUGAAGUAUGCUCUGAUUGUAGUCAUGCUGUGGAAGAUGGUUGCAACAGCAUAUUGACGGCGACUGUAUCUGGUGCAUCUACCUGCAACGCAGAAAAUGACUCAGGUGGGGAGAAGAAGGUGCAAAAUUUGAGUCUCCCCAUGUCUAACCAAUGCUAUGAAACUCAAAAGGAGCUGCAUAGUACAGAAACCAUCUUUUCCAGUGGGCAAGAUCAUAGGUCUUCUGGUAGCAUUGAAUCAGAACAUGGUGAAGAAUCUUCUAAAAUGAAAGUUCUACUUCAAAAUGCGGUUGAAACGCUUAUUUAUAUGUCUUUGAAUGAUUCAGCCUUUGAUCAUGAUUGCGACACAAAAACAGAAUCUAGUGAGAUGGUAAAAGAUCAGGUGGAUCAACCACAACACUCUUGUGAUUCCUUUGAGUUACUAGUCUUAAAGCAAACAGAAAACAAAGAGGAUGAUGAGUUCUCCAUGUCAUCAUCACAGUUAUCUGAAGUAACUGACAUGGAAAAUAUGAAUUUUGGUGUUAAAUUAAGAAGAGGACGAAGACUGAAAGACUUCCGAAAAGAGAUACUUCCUGGUCUAUCCUGUCUUUCCAGACAUGAGAUUUGUGAAGAUAUUAACAUUAUGGAGGCUGUUUUACGGUCAAGAGAAUAUCGAAAAAACCAAGCUAAAAUCCGAGAUGGACAGAAAGUCUGCAGUCCCGUAAAAAGCAAACGAUCUCAAUCUCGAUCUCGGCUAAACAACACGAGACGAAGAAUCAUUUUGUGAAAGUUGUUUGUAAUUGUGUGAGUGUUGUAGUUAAAUGGAGAUUUAAUUUAUUCUGACCAUUUAAUUGUUGAAACAAACAUGUAUAGGAUUGAUUAGUUGCAUCAUGUGUCCUACCAAGCUGCUCAAGAAAUGAGAUAUUUAAAGAUUUGAUUGUCAAAUUAUUAACUCAUCAAGAAAAGAGAUGCCUGAGAAUUAUCUUUAGACAUCUCUUUUAUUUAAUUCCAUUGUCAAAGAUUUCUUGGUUUGAAUUA